CACCACUUUUCCAUUAAAUUCAUCAGCCUUUCAUUUAAAUGAUUUAUAUAACACUGUUCUUUUACUUGCUUCCAAUCCUCUCUCUUCCACCUCUUCUCCACCUCUUUUUUAUUACUUGAACUUUAGAUCCAAUAAGAAUCUUAAGACAUUGGAUCACCUAUUGGCCAAAAAAAGGUCAUUGGAUCACGAAUAUUAGAUCCUCAGGGCAUUAUCCUUGAGAGUUCCACCAAUGGCUCCACCAAUAUACUUCAGUCUAGGUAAGAUACAUGUGUUUUGUCUUGCUCUAUUUAUGUUGAUUUCUAUGCUCCUUUGCGCCUCCAUUGAGAACCAUGAGCUUCAAACCAAUGGGGUUGGUGCUAGAAGAAGAUUGCUAGAGCUCAAAGAACAAGACGAUCAGCACUUGUCGGUGAAGAAAACCCCAAGUUUGUCCACUAAGAACAACCAAACCAAGCUCAUCAAAUCAUCCACCCUAUCGACCAAGAACCAAACCAAACUUAUCACUUCAAAAUUGUCCACCAAGAACCAAACCAAGCUUUCCAAGCCAAUCAAGUCAACAAAGGCAACAACACUCUCUAGUACCCUUUCCAAGUCUAAACUAAGUCCACCCAAGAACAAUGUUACCACUAAAACUCUACAAGGCAAAAAAAUGACUGACGCCCAUGAACCAUCGAAGCCCAUAAACAACUUAAGCAAUGUAAAAAACCCCACAAGCCAGAAACCAAAACAACCAAGCUCGAUUCACCAAGAAUAUGAUCCUGAUUUAGUAGCCGAGUUCAAAGAUCUGCCAACCAAGAUCCAGGGAACCCUUCUCCCAGACCUUGAAAAAAUCACAACAACAUCCAAAGCUUACAUCACCAAAUACAACAAACAAAUCACCAAACAAUUCAAACCAUAUGUCGGCAACAAAUGUGCCCCUACCAUUGCCACUAUAUACUCUUGCGCUGUCCUUUUAAUCCCAUUGCUCUUAGUUUCACUCAUUUUCAACCGUGUCAAAGCCUACUUUUCACUCCAAAAAAUCCUCAUUUCUAUCCAAGUUUACCUCUCCAUUUACUUCUCCAUCCUUUGCCUCACUUCCCUCGUUACUGGGCUCGAGCCGCUCAAGUUUUUCUACGCUACUUCUCCCUCUACCUACGUGUGGUUACAGGUGGUUCAGACACUUGGAUACGUGGUUUACUUGUUGCUUCUUUUGAUGCAUCUUGUGCUUGUUUUCUCCACCGUGUCCGGGCUGGGUUCCAGGAUGUUGGGGUUGGGCCAGACCUUCGUCGGCUUCACCGUCGGGCUGCAUUAUUACGUGGCGGUGUUCCAUAGGGUGGUUUUGCGACAACCGCCCAAGACUAACUGGAAGGUCCAUGGGAUUUAUGCCACGAGUUUCCUUGUGAUUUGUUUGUGUGCAAGAAAUGAUGGGAGAAAGAAAGCCUACUUGGAAGAAGGCGGUGAAGAGGGGAAGAAUAAUUAAUUAACUAAUCCCUUGGUUUUUUUUUCUUUUUUCUUUUUUGGAGUGCAUUAUUAAAUUUAUUGUAGUCAUAAUCUCAGCCACUAAAACAUAAAAAUAUAUAGCAAUAAAUUAAGAACAAAAUUGUUGUCACAAAUAAGAUUGGAUUUGGCUGAGAAAAUUCUAAAGCUCUCUUUAUUUUGUUUAUUACUUCUUCUUCUUCUUUUUCUGGUUUAUUAUUUAAUUAGAGAAAUGUAAUUUGCCUUCUGCAAUAUCUGUCCUAGCAGACAUACGUUGGCAAACAAAUAUGCCUUUAAUUACUUUUGAAAAUAAAGAUUUAUUG